GACGUACACUCACACAGGGACUCGAUUUCUGAUUUGGAAAAUCAUUUUUACUUGUUUUUCGACCUUUCGAGUGACUUUUAUUUGUUUAAGUUUCCUUUCGGGACCAGUCUCUGACGUCAUCAGCGAGUGAAAAUGGCGGACGGGGAUCUAAAUGUCGAUAGUUUGAUAGCUCGACUACUCGAAGUGCGAGGAUGUCGGCCAGGCAAGACUGUACAGAUGACAGAAGCGGAAGUGCGUGGCCUGUGUCUCAAGUCAAGAGAGAUAUUCCUCAGUCAGCCAAUCCUAUUGGAAUUGGAGGCUCCUCUUAAAAUAUGUGGUGACAUCCAUGGCCAGUACACAGAUCUGCUUCGGUUGUUUGAAUACGGAGGUUUCCCACCAGAAUCUAACUACUUAUUUCUUGGAGACUAUGUUGACCGUGGCAAACAAUCUUUAGAAACCAUAUGUCUCUUGUUAGCAUACAAAAUCAAAUAUCCUGAGAACUUUUUUCUUCUCCGAGGGAAUCACGAGUGCGCCAGUAUCAACCGUAUUUAUGGCUUCUACGAUGAAUGUAAAAGACGAUUCAAUGUGAAACUGUGGAAAACAUUUACAGACUGCUUCAACUGUCUACCCAUUGCAGCCAUUAUUGAUGAGAAGAUCUUCUGUUGCCAUGGAGGUUUGUCCCCUGAUCUGCAGUCCAUGGAACAAAUCCGGCGUAUCAUGAGACCAACAGAUGUCCCUGACACAGGGUUGUUGUGCGACUUGCUGUGGUCAGAUCCGGACAAGGAAGUUCAAGGUUGGGGAGAGAAUGACCGAGGUGUGUCCUUCACCUUUGGAGCAGACGUUGUGUGCAAGUUCCUAAGUCGACAUGAUCUGGAUCUCAUCUGCAGGGCACAUCAGGUGGUGGAAGAUGGGUACGAAUUCUUCGCUAAACGACAGUUGGUUACAUUGUUCUCUGCACCAAACUACUGUGGAGAGUUUGACAAUGCUGGAGGAAUGAUGUCUGUAGACGAUACACUCAUGUGUUCAUUUCAGAUAUUGAAACCAUCUGAGAAGAAAGCCAAGUACCAGUAUGGAGGAUUAAACUCGGGUCGACCAAUCACGCCCCCUAGGGGGCCCCAGAAGAAGAAAAACUAAAGAGAGACCCCUGGAUCAAUAUCAUCUUCAUCACACACCAAUCACUAUAUCUGUACCACUGACAGGCAUCAAACCAAUCAGGGUUGAUCUUAUAUCUGACAGGCAACAAACCAAUCAGCUUACAUCUGCUUUAGAGAGAAAUCAAGAACACUGAGAAAGUCGUUUGUGUGUAUAUGAAUAUCUGCUGAGUCAAUGCAAAUUGAAUUUAUGAGGUUGUACAGAUAUUUGAAAAUGUAAUUUGGUAAAUAGGUACGUGGACAUUUGUUAUUAUUAGAUUGUUGAACUUGUUCCAAACACUUCUCAAAGUUUGGACUUUCCAGCUAUCCAGCACCUAUCCUGUACUGAAAUACAUGACCAAAGUAGUAUGGGGUAUGGUUUCACAGACCUGUUUGCUGGCAUAAGUCGCACAACUGCUUCUCCUUUUUUAUUUCUGUUAAAUGUUUUUGUUAUCCCUGUGUUGUUUCAUAGAACACAAUGUUUGACACCAAGAUUAUUUGUAGUGAGUGCAUGUUAAUCCAUUAACACAAGUUUUCAGUGUGGAGGUAAAGGUAAACUGCAAUAAGUUUGAAGCAAAAUACACCUCACAUCAGGUUUCUGAAACAGUGGUUGCUUAAAGUGAGGGAGGUAAGUGUUGAUUUUUGUUAAAGACUAAUCAAUGUAAUUGUCCCCCUUACCAAAUAAGCUACUAAACGUGAUGCAUGUACCCCCUGCUGUUCCUUUUGUUUCCACUGAACUCAAAGAUGUAAUUGUGAAUGAAUAUGUGUCAGAAAGUAGUUAUGCUAGGUGCUUCCUAUGUUAGAGGUAUGGUGGAACAAUAAUACAUCAAGCAUUAUAUGAGGGUUCCACAUGGUACAGUGCCUGAAGCUUCCUGCCGUGUAUGGCCGGAAUAUUGUAAACAGUGAUGUAGAACUCACUCGCUCUAUAACUCAGUGUGUUUCCAGUAUGGUCAGUUAGGACUGACAAGAAGAUAGAAGCUAUUGUCUCAGCAAAAUAGUAAGCAUGCUAAGUAUCUACAUAUUGAAGCAAUGAGGAUUAGUUCCCCUUUGACUUGAAACUGUGGUGCAGUUUGUAAAUCCUUUAUUAAAUUCACAUGGUAAGUAAUCUUUGUGGAUUUGAUGCAGAACUGAAUGUGCUAAAAUUAAUGAUAAGUGUUAGUUAUAUUACUGCCUAACAUACAUAUGACAUUAUUUUAGGCUAAGAUGGGAGGAUACACAAGCAUUUUGUUAUUUGUGUUUGUGAACAUGCUGAAGUGCUGUGUACAGGAGAUCAAGCAUCACUGUUGUAUGAAUAUUGCAUAUUAUGCCUGGUUUGUCCAAGCAGCUUUGCCUGAACAAAUGUUUGUAUCUAUAACACUUGUGUUUCACUGAAGGUUGGUUUUUUUUAAUGGCAUUGCAAUUUCCCCACUGGGUAGAGUACAUGUGUCAACAAUACACCAUGCACAGUGAAACUAUUUGCAUGUAAACAUCUGCUUAUUAUUCACCGUAUAGCUGAAACAUGCUUACAUCCUUCAAGUGUGUUCUAUGCUACUGUAUAAUAGUUGAUGUUGUGUCAGUAAUUUUGUGCAAUGCGGUCAAGUGUAAGCUAUAGUUUUAAGAUUGUUGCUCUACUCUAUGAUUGAGAGAUAGAACAUGGGAUAUUGUUUUUGUAAUGAUUCCUUACCAGUGUCGUAUGUUCUUUGCUAUAUUUGUGAUAUAGCUAUGUUUAUAUAUACCAUUUAGUGCCUUCCCUCUUAUUGCCUGGUAUGUUUGUUUCUGGUCAUCAGAAAUGCAUUAUAUUCUUGUUUAAGAAAUCUUGUGAGUUGCAGUCCGUGCAUUGUGUGUUGUUUGUAGGUAAGGUCACAAAGUAAUUACUCAGAAUUGCCACAUACCCUUUCUGUUAGUUUGUUGUGGGAAUGUUUAAGAUUCCAGAUGUUUUGUUUUUGUCUCCUCUAGGUAUAUUUCCCUAUUGCGUCCAGUCUUUAUUUGAGUUUUCAUGAAAAGAGCAGAUAUCACAUUUAAUUUCACCUAUUUCUGAGACCUCUCCCAUUGUUUAAAUGUCAUGGACACGGAAUGAUCAAAAUCAUUAUUAUUUAAAUUGAAAUUUAUCUUUUCUCUUUGUAGUUUAACACAUGCAAUCUGUGAAACAUGUAUUUGGUUUGUUGUACCUUUGUGAGUUUAAUAUUAGAGAUUUGAAAUAAACACGUAAGUAAGAUAAGGCUAUUGCCGAUUGUGAAGCCCCAAACAAUACAUGGUAACUGUGCACCUAUGUUAUAUAUAAGCUGAUCAUUUGUCAAUGUACACAAUGUUUCACAGAAGCUGCUACAUAUUCCUGAACCCAGAUGGGGCUUUAGCUCUUUUAGAUCGUUUGGAUACAGAUAUAAUAUUAGUGCAACAUUGGUUCAGCGCAAUUUCAAAUUAAGGGGAUGCUUGAGGUCAUUGCAACAACUUUGACAUGAGGGUUAAGACAGACAGACAAUAGUUUAUUUAUGUCUCCCUUCUGUAGAUACAUGAAAACAGCAACAGCAUAUAUACAAACAUAAAAAAAACUCAUACAGAACCAUUCUUAAGAAUUAUGAGAGAGAAUUUAUCAUAAAAUAAUAUCACAACAGUAAAAUACCAUAAAAAAUGUAUCCAUAUAAAGGAUGUUUUCUAUGAUUUAGUAUUAAGUAGCAGCUUUUGGCAAAUAAACACAGCAUCGGUGAACAUAAAACCAAACCCCUUCACUCUCAGGCUUAAUUUCUUACCUUGGUUAAGUAAAAAGAAAUAGUUAUCAUACUGCCAUGUCUUACAUGCAGUCAUACUAGCUCUUACAGUAAUUUUGUUUGUUUCAUUUUGGUUAGUUUCCCUUAGCUUAUCUCCUUUUCAAGUUUUCUUAUUUCUAUAUUUUGAAGUGGUUGUUGGGUUAUCUCCCUUUAUGUAAUAUUUAAGUUGGUGAGUAGUGACUGCAAGGUAUGGCAACUUGUGAAAGCCAGAGACAAGGAAUAAAUAGCUAAUACUAUAAACUGAAGUGCCAGCCCACCCUAUUUUGAAUGGAUCAGCUUAAAGGCACAUUUAACAUGAUGUUAUUAUUCAUUAUGGAAUCUGAAAUGGGCUCUCUGUCAUAGGGAACUUUCUCUUGUCCUACUGAUCAGAGUAUAUCUGUAGUCAUCGACAAUGUUUGGGCUGAUUGGUUUGAAUAUACUUAUUGACUGAAAAAGGACAGAAAGAUUUAGGGUAAGAAAGAAUCUCAUUCCUAGAAUUAUUUAUGUAGAUUGUCAACAUGAUGAACGUGUUACAUUUUAAUAAAAAAAGUUGUGAUUUUCAUAGUAACAGAAAACAUGUAUUUUGUUCACUGCUGCUUAUAGAAUGAACUUGUUUCUCUGACCUUGUAUUUUUUUAUUUGUUGGUUUACAAACUUUUUUCCCUCAAAACCUUAGUUCAAGAUAAUGAAGGCUUUGUGUGGAUUGAUUUUGUAAGCUAGCAAAUAGGAGGAGUAAAUGUUCUGCUGUUGGUGUGUUUGUGACACUAGUAUAAUGUAUGCUCUGCUACUGGAUUUAUUGUCCAUAACCGUAUCUCCUAGAACUGUGCUAGCUUCCUGUACUCACAGAUGAAAUGUAUAUGACCAUAACAAUCCCACACUAGAACAAUACACCCAGACUUCAUCUUUACCAGUUGACUGCAGUUUUAUCAUCUUCAGUUUACUGGACACUGAAAUCCCAUGAUGAAAGAGUGUAGUAAACUGAACUUUCCCUCCUGUGUAGAUAAUGUAAUGACAUAUCAAGUUUGUAAUGUGGCUCUUCUCCCAGAUUAGUCAUAAGAGAGAUGUAUGUAUGUGAAUACUGAACAAAGCUGAAAAUUCUGAAAAAGCAGUGUUGCUAACAAGUGAUCAUAUAUUUGGAUUUUGAAUUUUUGAAAAUGAAUGUGAUUGGUAUUGGUCAUGUGACAGUGUAUACAGUAACCCAGAAACAAUGGCACCAAUGUUUAAAAUAGCUCUGCUAUUGUACUUGUAAGUUGGUGAGCAGAAGAUGACAGGCAUUUGUUCCAACAACAUAUAAGUACCUUUGUGACAUGUGCUUUACAAAAUACCUUGUUCUCAGGCAGUGAUGAUUGUAGGGAAUACAGCGGCCAUCAUUGAAGGUGCUGCAAUUCUUUGUUUAGACAUGCACCUCCCAGAUGUGCCAGCAGCCUUUGAUUGUGGUUUCAAAUGCCAUUUGCCCUGAUGUUCCUAUGUUUCUCAGGACCAUACUUUAGCAAUGUUUGUGAAAGCCACAAGUCUGUGACAUGUAUCACUGCUGGGCUUCCUCACACAGCAAACAGACACUCGGUGAUAUGUAUUUAAAAGGCAUUAAACCAGACUCACUCAUUGGUGUUUGAAACAUUGAUACAGACGACCUGUAUGUUGUACUUCUGAAAUGUGAGGCUCCCAGGGGUUCUCACUUGACGCUGCAGAGAACCAAGUGUAUUUUAAGGCCAAUCAAUCUUCUUAUAUUACAUGUAUAGUGUCCAUAUGGUUCUUGUAAAGCAUUGUGAACAAGUAAUCAUCAAAAUCAUGACAUGCUUUGUAAUAGUAUAAGUUGGUAUAAUACCCUGCAUUAUUAACUCCUUCAUAUACAGAUUUUUUUAUCAGUAUGUACUGGGGUAUUGUUCAACAGAUUGUUUCAGUUUUUCUGUACACAUCAUUUAGUACUGAUCAACUGCUUGAAUUUAUCAUAUCAUAACUUGGUCAGUUUUGUCAUGCAUUGUGCAAACACAUGAAGAUGAUGUUCAAAAUAAUAUCUAAGUAAGAAUUAUCAGAUAACUACACGUUGUAUAGAUGGUCUAUGUAUAUUUAAAGAGAAGAUAUGUAUCCACUGCAUAUUAACAGUUCUGCUAAUAUCUGUGAAACGCUUUUCCACUUCAGUGGUUUCUUCAUGUGAAGUCCACCACCCACACAGAUUGUGCAAGUCCACACGACUGUUCAUAGGUAUGAUGUGCACUUCAACAAUCUUAACAUGAGUUUCUCGGAGUUGUUGGGGGGAAGUCCUAGCAAGUUGAAUGUAGGACAGAGUCAGCAAUAGGGAUAUGGUGAUCUAUUUUGGAUCAAUUUUGAUAGAACUGCUGAAAAGAAAACCUUAUUUUAUUAUGCUAGGCCAGACCAAAUUCAUUCAUGUUUUCCAGACAAUUGAGGAAAGUACCGAUUUUGAAAAAAUUAGUUUUUCAGGUUUCCCUUAUUUUCUUUCUUGGCAUUUUGCCAAUACAAUCUGUAAAGUAAGGAAUAAUUUGGUCAUUAUGAAAUAUUCUGUAUACUAGACAAUUCUAUUACAUGACUUGUCAAAAACAUUUGUAUAGUUCAAAGGAAAAGUAUUCUUGUUUUCUACUGGAAGUUUUUUAGAGGAUUAUAUUUGUAUUAGAUCUCUUAGUUAAUAUAAUGUAACAUUACCUGCUCCAAAGUGUAUCAAAUACUGACCAGAUCUGACAAGUCUAUUGUUGUGCUUCUUCAGAUUCUAUAGAACCAUGUCUGCAUGCUCCUCAUACAGUAUUAGAUGUUAUUCCCCUACAUGCAGGGAUGCAGUUCCAUUGGUAUCAGCACAGCAUCAUUGAGUACUGUAGUCCCAUUAACGAGUAGUGUAUUAAAGACUUCAGUGUAUGGCAUGUUCUUAUUUCUGAUGGAUUAGUAGUCUGUCAACAAAAGUUUUGAAUACUGAAUUUUAGAUUUUGCAUUGAUAUCAUGACCUAUUAAUGUUCCCAAGUGAAAGGUUUUACAAGUUACUAUUCUAUUGAGAGGAAAUACAGGAUAGUAUUCAUGACAUUUCUGCCAUGGAGACCAGUCCAGAUGUGACAUGUCCUGCAUGCUAUUGAAAAUGAGGCCUCAGAUCUUGAUGCUGUUGCUGCUGCUUCAUGCCAUUUGCCCUGCAUACCUCUAGAUCACAAUACAUUUUCAGUAGGAGUCUUGUGGUAAGAGCCAUGCGGGAUCUCUGUAGCCCGUGUGUUGUAAUUUUAUGUAUUAUUUAUAUCAUUUAUAAUUACAGAAUAUUUGUUAAA